AUGUUUUUUUGUGAAAAGUGUAACAAGCAUGUCAUUAAGGUUACACCUAGGUAUAAACUGAAACUUCGUGUAAUUAAUGCUACGGAUUCUACAACUUUUGUUGUAUUUGAUCGUGAUGCAAGUGUAAUGUUGAAGAAAUCAUGCUUUGACAUUCUUGACUUGCAAGACAAGAACACUACUGCUGGAGACUUGCCUAAAGAGUUUGAAGUCCUAAUUGAUAAGACCUAUCUGUUCAAAGUUGAGUGCAAGAAUGAUUAUAAUACCAAAUUUGAACAAUCAUUCAGAGUUAAAAAAGUUUGCAUGGAUGAAAAAGUAAUUGAAAGCUUUUCUGAUGUUGAAAUUAAUUUUUAG